GCCCUCAUGCUUCUGGAGAAGAGCAAAGUGAUUUACGGCCUGAGUCAAGAUGAGCAAUCCUCAAGACACAAGCAGAAAAAGCCCCAGUGAGACAGGAAGCUGGCUGAAGAUUCAGCUGGUUUCUGAUGUGUGAGGCAGACGGCGGAGGCAGCGCUGCUCACACGGAGCUCGCGUCUGCUGGGGCACCUGAGAGGGGGCAGAGUCCCUCCGCCAGGGCCUUGUCUUCUCUUCCCUGGCUGAUGGAUCCCGCGAGGCUCCACGCCCUGCGCCUGCUGCUGUUUCUGUCUCUGGUUUUUCAUCUGUGUGAGGCAACAGCUGAAAGCCAGAAGAACUGCCGCGUGUCUUUUGGGCAGCUGGGAAGGGACGAGUGGCUGCCCCUGACGGAUAGGAUGGAAGAGAUCCACAAGAGCAUGAACAAAAGCAACCGCAUCCUCAUCAUGACAUCCAAAUCGCCUGAAGACACCGUGAGGAGGAAAAUCAUGUCUCUAGGUCUGCAUGAAGGGAGCGCAUCGGAUUACACCAAGGAUGGCUAUCAAUUUCAUCUGGUCAACCUGAGCUUGGUGAUCCUGGGGAGCAAGAAGGAGCACGAGGGAUGGUACUACAUGCACCUGGAGGGAAAUGUGGAUAUCCAGUCAUUCUGUGUGCAGCUGAAGCUCUAUGAGCAGGUCUCCACUCCAGAAAUUCAAGUGCUAAACAAAACCCAAGAGAAGGACAACGGGACCUGUAGCUUGAUGGUGGCCUGCACAGUGAAGCAAGGGGAUCACGUGGCUUACAACUGGAGCGAGGAGGGUGGCACACAUCUGCCCAGCCCUGCCAACAGCUCCCAUCUGCUGUUCCUCACCCUUGGCCCCCAGCAUGCUGACAAUUUCUACAUCUGUACUGCGAGAAACCCAGUUAGCAGCCGCUCACAGGCCUUCAAUCUGUGGAGCAGCUGCAGGUCAAACCCCUUGGAACGAAGACAAUGGGGAUUGUAUUCUUGGCUGUUCUUAGGGGGCAUCGUGGGUGUCAUCCUAAUUCUCGAAGUGGUAAUACUACUGUGGAGAAGAAGAGGUAAAGCAAAACAUUUUCAGCCAGCGAUGGAAGAAAAAAGCCUUACUAUCUAUGCCCAAGUCCAGAAAUCAGGUCCUCUCCAGGAGAAACCUGAGCCCCAGCCAAUUCAGGAGCCCUGCACCACCAUUUACAUGGCCGCCUCAGAGCCUGUUCCAGAGCCUGCCCCGGUCCCAAAUGCCAUCACAGUCUAUGCCAGUGUGACACUUCCAGAGAGCUGACACCCAAACCCAGUGAAGGGACUUUCUGAAGGAAGAUGCAAAAAACCAACUGACCACUGAACGUGGCCACAGGCCCCAAGUCCUCUGCGACAGGUGCUCUGCACACCUGCACCCUUUUCUGGAGCAGCUCUUGGCUGCUGUGUCACCAUGCACAUGGGGAGAUGGACAUGGCAGGGACGGUCCCCAGGCGUUUAGCCUGCUAUACAGCUGGCAUAGGCACAGCCAGAGAGCUCCUUGGCACAGCUGUCUUUGUGAUGUAGCAGAUGAAAUGGACCAGACUUUCGGACAGCUCACCCCUGGCUAGGACAGACAGUAGAAGUCCAAGAUGGGAAACUGAAACAUUGAGUGUCUCCCGCAGAUAGCUGACUACAGCCACAAAGUCUGGAAGAGUUUACAUUUUGGCUAUCUGUACUUUAUUCUGAGAGCUGAUCCUCCUCAUACCUGCAGACCUGAUUGAGGCUUUGUGCCUCAGUUUCUCUCUGUCUCUCUCUCUCUCUAGAAGAAGAGUGAAUGAAGGGUGAAGUCUUUAUUUUAUGUACAACACUCAGGAAUAAUUCUAUAAAAGAAUGAAUAUUUUAUUUGCAGAGUAAAAAACAGUAACAUUAAAGAAUGAUUUUUUUUAAGGUCUCUGAGCUUUGCACAAUAGAAUGGAAACCAUCAAAGUUUUUUUUUAAGUACAGUUCUAUAUAAAUAGCAUUCAAUUUGAAAGAAACAUGGUCAAUGUUUGGUUAUGCUGUUACAGAGUAACUUGGGAUACCCAGAGGUACUUGCCCUGAGGAGAUUUUUCACUUCUCAAGAAGACCUUUAAAUCUUAGUUCUCUGUUUACCCUAGGUGGCAAGCCUAGAGUUAGACAUUCUCCGCCCCAGUUUUGAACCCAUUUGACAUCUCAGGCCUUGUGUGGAAUCUCA